AUGCAUCUCUCCUGGAGAAACAUCUACAGCGCAUCUGAGCCAAGUUUAGAUAACAUCAUAAAUUCUCCCUCCCUUCCAUUUGCCCACAUCUAUUCAACCCUCAAUGGUCUUAUCUGCCUUUAUUUCAGAACUGCCCAAUAUGACCCAAAUAUUAUUUCUACGCACAUGAUAAUCCAAGUUUGGAAAUCUGGCAUGCUUGUAAUCCUGUUGACUGUCCCUCACAGUCAGGGCCUAAAGCACCAAAAAACAAAAAACACAACAGGGAAACACAAGAGAAUGUUCCCCAGUGAAAAAUCUGAUGGAAGAGGAAGGGUGUGGAUGCCAACCACCACCAUCCAGAAGUGA